GCAUGUUUUUUCUGCAGUUUAACCUAUUUAGCCACUCAUUUUAAGUUGUGAUUAUUAUUCUGCUUAUAGGGAUUCUCUUCUUACUGACCUACGAAUGUAUCUUGCUGCUGUACAAAACUCUUCAGUCUCUUUUUGGUCUGUACUAUAUGAUAAGAAUGCGUUUGGACCGUCAUUGUCAAAUACAGACAUCCGUAACUUGGAGAUUCCUGAUUUUCCUUCCUUGACUUACAAGCCUCAAAUGACAGUGACGUGUUCGCUACGAUCGAUUCAGUGGGAUCCACGGUCAUGUAAGCUAGCUGUUAUUGACCACUCUGGUUCUGCUAUUUUUUUUCGACGUCUGUAUGCUGGCAAAAAUCUUGUGUACGAUCAAAACACAUCAGAUAUAACUACUUUCAGUUUGCUAUCACAUAAUUUCACAGCCACUUGCAUAGCUUUUCCGCAAAGAUCAGGAAGAUAUAUAGCCGUUGGAACUAGUGCUGGCCCAAUAAAUUUAUACAAAUGCCAAAAACAAAUCUCGUUUCGUUCGCAGUUACGCGUCAGUAAUAUCAGUCCUGAAAGUUCAUCUUCCAACGAAAUGCAGCCUAGGUGUGUCAGCUGGAUUUUAAAUGACCGUGUUGUUGCUUCUGGAUAUAGUAAUGGAUCUAUUGUCUUAUUCUUAGCUGCGUCUAGUACGCCUACAGGUGAAUGUGAGAAUUUCAUAUUACCAUUUCCCUCAUAUACCAAUAACAGUAGUCUUUCUACGCCUGCAUGUAAUACUCUUAAAACUUCUAGACUAGACAAUACUUUAUUAUGUUGUGGUUAUUCUGAUGGUUCUAUUAUUUUAUGGAAUUUACAUUGGCCUAUUAUUGGGGAUACACACGAGUUAAUUUUGAAUCACUGGGACCCUAAAUCUUUUCUAUCCACUUCGAUAAAAAUGAAUAGCUGUGAAUACUGCAUGGAUAUAGCUUUUUCAUCUGAUCAACUACUUUUUAGUGCAGGAGCACCGGAUAUGAAUUUACGUAUGUGGAAUACGUCUCCGUCUUGCUUAAAACCAAUGAAGACGUUAUCACCGGUUGAUGAGCAACAUGGAUAUUUAAGUGUUGAUGUCGCCUCGAACACAAACAUCCUUGCAACUGGCUUAGCAAAUGGUAAUAUUUGGUUUUAUAAUAUACUUGAUUUUACUUCACCUAUCCGAUGUAUUUCCUCAGGAUCGGAUGUUCCAAUAUGUUUGCUUUCAUUCUCUUUUACUUAUCAGAAUAGUGACGAAGUUAGGUUUAGUUCCCCAAAAUCGAAUUGGCCUGAAAGUUUACAAGACGAGAAUCUUGAUGCGAGACCGCAUGGGAAUUCAACUUCCGUUCAAAGCACUGUAACAGACACACUAUUGAUUUCUUCAAGACAACCACUUCAUGAAGUAAAUAAUGUUAUAACUAAAUGUCAGCCUGAUACAUGGGCAUCAUUAUUUCGUGAGUUUUCCGUACCAGACAUUUCACUGCAUUCAAAUUCCAGUAUGUUUCCAUCAUCUGACCAAUGUUCUGUAAAAUCAAGCUGGUCAGAAGUGAAUAUAGAUAAUGUAGAGAAAACUGUGUCAUUAAGACCAGAAUCUAACGUAGAUAUUAAUUUAAACAAAAAUCAACAAUUAAAAUCAGAUUAUCACAGUAUUAAAGAUACUUUAAACAUCAACUCAGUUAAUGUAACAAAUGAGUGGUUAGACCAAUAUUUCAAUGUUCGACUCCGAUCUAUGAUGUCUGAAUUGAACUGGUCUCAUAACGAAUUAUUAUUUAAAUUUACUAAACUAGAAUGGAAAGUUGACCAAAUGUGUGAAGAGUUUCGUAAUGUUAUUACGCAAAUGAAACAUGAAAAUAACUUGCUUCGAUUUGCGUUGAAUCAACGUUCACAAUUUUAAAAAUACCUUAACUUUCUACUGUCCAUUCUUUUGUUUAAUCUUGUAAUUAUCCUGUAUGCUUAUAGGAUUUCGUUUGUUAACCAUAUAAUAAUGUUGAUAAGUGGGUUUAUUCUUGUAGUCUUUUCAUCGUACAUAUAAUCUUAACUGGUUAUAGUGUGGGCUACAAAAGUAAAUGUGUUGGCUUUGGAGUUUGAUACAUAAUGUACCAAAUGGACCACAUUUCGUUAAUUCUCGUGUUAUCAAUUAUUGGUUAAAAAUAUGGAACGGAAAGUGAAUUAUCGAACUCUUUAUCUGUAUCAGCUCUUCUUUUUACAAUUACUUCAUUUUCAUAAUAACAAAUAUAAGUUUCUGUAAAGCAUUACUCAUAUCACUUUAUAACAAUGGACAGAGUAGGCGUCAGAUUUCUCUAAAAAGAAUAUAUUGUAUCUCAGUACUUGCUGUCUUUUAAAUUGUAUUAUUUACAGUUUAAAAGUUACUGAAGAG